AUACUUCUAGAUUCUAACUAUGCCGAUAUUUACCCUAAAAGGCUCUGCUCACCUCAUCAGUGGCAUCCUGUCCGAGAGUUUGAUAGCGCUCGGCCACCAGCCUGGGCCUCGGUGUUGUCUUUGGAGAAUCACGUCGGGGUUACCAAACUGCCCUAUCCUUUUCAGUUGAGUCGACCAUUUAUUCAAGUACGAUAGGAAGCACAGUCUGGCAAGCGGCUACAGUAGGUCUGGCUUGGGCGCCCAACUUUUGGUUGUUAUCAGCCUGUGGCCGUGACCGGUGGUGCUCAGUUUCACAAUCUAUUUGGCCCAUUGUCUAAGGUAACGCCAUCUCUGUAAGAGGAACUCGAAAUGUGUGUGGGAUAUCUUCACCAGCUGUCUUCAUGUUCUAAUUUUUAAACAAAGGGCAGCUAUAAAUACGAGCUGCAUUGGGGCUUGAAGAACAGAACUAUCCCCAGAGCUGGUGGAGCACACCAGACCUAGUCAAAACCAAAUCAAGAUCCACCUGAAGACAAACUAAACCAAGGCCAGACCAACGAGCACCUCAAGCCCAAACGGAAGUCCAGAAGAGAACCAUGGAGCGCACGUUCCUCCUCUUGGCGGCCUUCAUCUUCUCCAGCGGCCAGUGCCAAGAUACGGACCCCUCCAGGGACCCCGAUGCCAGCCUGCCCGUCUGCGAGCCCGACAUCAGAGACUUGGGGGUCCAUAGCGCCCAGAUCUUGGAGCUGCAGAGGCUGACCCAGGAGCUCGCCCAGCAGCUCCAGGCUCUGAAGGAGAGCACAUCGGCCGCUGUGCCCCGGAUGGCCUUCACUGCCGCGCUGGGCCGCUCCCUCGGCCCCGUCCCCAUUGGAAUGCCGGUCAAGUACCUGGUGAUCAUCUCCAACAUGGGCAACGGCUACAACCCGGCCACGGGCAUCUUCACCGCCCGGGUGUCCGGCAUGUACUACUUCAGAUACACCAUGUUCAACAAUCUGGAUUCAGCGACCAACUCGGUGAUGUCACUGAUGAAGAACGGCCAGCUGAUGGUGUCCACCUGGGACACAUCGCCGGCCGACGCUUUCGACAGUGCCACCAACGCCGCCGUUCUGCAGCUGGAGGUCGGAGACAACGUCUACACCCUGCUCUACGCCAACCGCCAGUUAUUUGACAAUGACAGCAGCUUCAACACCUUUAGCGGCUUCCUGCUCUUCCCUCUGUAAAAAGCCCGUCGGCCAUUUAGUGAGUUUUGAGGUUGAUUUUCCAGUGUGAUGGUGGUUGAAAGGAGGGGCUGGCUGGAUUAGCGUUUUCUUGUCGACAAAAAUAUAUCUUUUGGUCGUAUAAAAGUAACGAAAAACUUUGAUACAAAUAAAAUAAAAUCUUUAGCAUUAAUUCUGUGUGGUUUGAGUUUUUUUGAAGAUAAAUAGAAGGGGAGAGAGGGGCUACAAACCGUUAGAUGACUGGGCAGUAACCUGUGUUUGUUCACUCUAAAAUGUAUUUAUAUUAAGCUGAGCACUCCUAGUAGUUUACUCGGGAUAUCCUAAAAGGCUUAAUGUUAAAACAGCUUAACGAGGCAAAGAAAUAUUUGACUGACGAAAAAAAUGAAAAUCAAACAUCUAUAUAGGACAACAUCUCUAGAUUUUUUUAAAUAUGAUAAACACCCCCCAAAAACGGAACUCAAUGUGGCUAAAUGACCUUGAAGAAAGUCAGAUUGAGAUGAAAUUCAUAUCAUUCACAUUCAACCAUGAGGACAUGAUGAGAAUAGCAAGUCAAAAGGAACUUAGAAAUAUUUCAAAAGGGGUCAAAUUUAGACGAAAACUAGAGCUUAAUGAUGCUUAAUGACAGACAAUAAAAACAUCAAAAAACUCAUAAUUUAUCCCUUUUUUUAUUUGGAUAACCGUUCUGCUGUUGGUGUUAUGGCGCAUAACACGUCAGUUCUUCGACGUCUCUAGUAUUUCCACAACGAGACUAUAGUUGGGGUUAUCUUAGCCAUAGUUGAGAAGGAAUUGGGGGGAAAGGUACUUUGGCUUUGACUCCCUGAAGUACAUGAACUGCGACAUGGAGGAGAAAGGGAUUGUUGCCAGUGUUUGUCUCCCGCCGGAGCCCCGCUGCCCGCACGCGCGACUUGGUCCCACUCCUCUGGAGCCUCCACAAGACCUCCAGCCUUGGGGUCACUCACUACACUAUUCAGCCCGACGCGGUGAGCCAUUUCGGCAUCGGGCGCCUUAACCCGGCGUAUGGUUCAUCCCGCAGCGCCAGUUCUGCUUACCAACAGUGGCCCACUGGGCACUCUUAUUCCACGCCCUGCGAGCAGGGCCUCUUACCCGUUUAAAGUUUGAGAAUAGGUUGAGAUCUUUUCGGCCCCAAGGCCUCUAGUCAUUCGCUUUACCAGAUGAAACUGUGAGUAAUGAGCGCCAGCUAUCUGGAGGGAA